AGGCUGAGCGGCUUUGUGAUUCCCGAGACGCUCUAUGCGGACGUGGGGAGCUCUAUGGUCUCCGUAGCGGCGCUCUAGACUGUUCUCCCCGAUCUCGAUGGCUCCGCGCCGCCGGGCCGGGAGGGCGGAAGGGACGUUGCCCUUUUAAGUCAAGGGGCGGCGGGGGCCGCAUGAGCCGACAUGGAGCCGGACACGCUGGAGUCGUGGAUCAACAGGGCUACGAAUCCUCUCAACAAGGAACUGGACUGGGACAGCAUCAAUGCUUUCUGUGAGCAGCUGAAUAAGGAGCUAGAAGGUCCUCCGCUUGCCACCCGACUUUUAGCUCACAAGAUCCAGUCUCCGCAGGAAUGGGAAGCCAUCCAGGCCUUAACGGUGCUGGAGACCUGCAUGAAGAACUGCGGCAAGCGCUUCCACGACGAGGUGGGCAAGUUCCGCUUCCUCAACGAGCUCAUCAAGGUGGUGUCGCCCAAGUAUCUAGGCAGCCGGACUCCUGAGAAGGUGAAGUUGAAAAUCCUGGAGCUGAUGUACAGCUGGACGCUGGGGCUGCCUCAGGAAGUGAAGAUCACAGAGGCCUAUCACAUGCUGAAGAAACAAGGAAUCGUGAAGAGCGACCCGAAGCUGCCGGACGAGGCUCCGUUGCCUCUGCCUCCCCCCCGGCCCAAGAACAUCAUCUUUGAUGAUGAGGAGAAGUCCAAGAUGCUGGCUCGCCUGCUGAAAAGCUCCCAUUCUGAGGACCUCCGGGCUGCCAACAAGCUCAUCAAGGAAAUGGUUCAGGAGGACGAGAAGCGAAUGGAGAAGAUCUCCAAGCGUACAAACGCCAUCGAGGAGGUGAACAACAACGUGAAGCUGCUGACGGAGAUGGCAACCAACUACAGCGAGGGGGAGACAACGGAGAGCAGCGAGGACCUCAUGAAGGAGCUGUACCAGCGCUGCGAGCGCAUGAGGCCCAUGCUCUUCCGGCUCGCCAGCGACACAGAGGACAACGACGAGGCGCUAGCGGAAAUCCUGCAGGCCAAUGACAACCUGACCCAGGUGAUCAACCUGUACAAGCAGCUCGUGAGAGGAGAGGAGAUCAAUGGAGAGACUGUGGCUGGCCCCCUCCGAGGCAGCACCUCAGCCCUCCUGGACCUGUCGGGACUGGACAUGCCAGCGCCGGGCCCCUCCUACCCAGCCUUUCCCACCCUGUUGGGUGGCUCCAUGCUCCCUGUGCCUGACCCAGCCAGCUCCGUCUCCCUGCUGGAUGACGAGCUCAUGUCUCUCGGACUGAAUGACCCGGCCCCCCAGGCUGGGGACAGCAGCGGCUGGAACAGUUUCCAGGAUAGCAGUGAGCCCAGCCUGCCCUCCGUCCCAGCUGCUCCGGCACAUAAAGCAGAGGCAGGAACACCCGCCCCGGGCCCUUCCCCUCUCACCAGUGGCCUGGAUGACCUGGAUCUGCUGGGGAAGACUCUGUUACAACAGUCCCUGCCUCCAGAGUCACAGCAAGUCCGAUGGGAGAAGCAGCCGCCCCCCCGGCUCACAUUACGGGACCUCCAGAACAAGACAAGCUCUGGCACCUCAGUGACUGCCACCAGUAGCACCCCCACCCUGCUCCGGAGCAUCUCCUCGAGCCCUGCGGCCCCCCUACCACCGCCUUUGGAGCAGCCUGCCCCUGCCACGCUUCCGAGAACCACCCCCACGCCAGCCGGAGCUAUGCCGCCCCCGCUGGGGCUCGCCACUCCCACAUCCCCCCAGGAGAUCUCGCUGGCGAACAUCACAGUGCCUCUGGAGUCUAUCAAACCGAGCAGCAUCCUCCCAGUGACAGUCUACGACCAGCACGGCUUCCGGGUCCUCUUCCACUUUGCCCGAGACUCUCUGCCCGAGCGGCCUGACAUACUGGUGGUGGUGAUCUCCAUGCUCAGCACAGCCCCGCUGCCCAUCCGCAACAUCAUUUUUCAGUCUGCCGUCCCCAAGGUGAUGAAGGUCAAGCUACAGCCACCCUCGGGGACAGAGCUCCCGGCGUUUAACCCCAUCGUCCACCCGACUGCCAUCACCCAAGUCCUGCUGCUUGCCAACCCGCAGAAGGAGAAAGUGAGACUACGAUACAAGCUGACCUUCACCAUGGGGGAGCAAACCUACAAUGAAAUGGGGGACGUGGACCAGUUCCCCCCUCCAGAGUCCUGGGGCAGCCUCUAGGGCCACGAGAAGGGUGCUUUUCCCGAAUCCCAAGGACUCCGCAUGCCUGCAGGACUGGAGUCCCCUGGGGCCGGCGCGUGGACUCUGAAACUAGCCACUGGGGCCAGGGGGCAGCAGCCGUGUAUGUGAAGGCCUGCGGAUGAGAGCCGAGCC